AUGAAGUCAUUUUUUCGAGAUAUUCAUGAACGUCGUAUAGUUGAAGAUGACUUUUAUGGUGAUAUAAAUCCUUAUGUAACAGCAGCAGCUAUGAGUGCUGAUAAUGAAGCAUUUGAAUCUGGUUCGGAAUUUAUUUCUGAAGAAGAAGUUCGAAGUCAAAUUCAAAUACUUCCAGAAUUAACAGUAACAACAGAUAAUGCGACAGCUGAACGAAUCACUGAUAAUCCAACUUCUCGACAAAUUGUUACAAGUGGUACGUCAUUAUUUCAACAAGAUGUUGAAAAUGAAAAACAACAAAAUAUUUAUUCUUAUCGACCAGUUUCUCUUGAAAUUCUACAUUUUGAAAAUAAAAAAUUAAGAAAACAAUUAUCUAUAAUAUCUGAUGAUGGUUCAACUACCAGUGAAAUGAGUGGACAUGAUUCAGAAUCAAUCUAUGAAACAAAUCGCGUAUUUACACCCAGAAAACAACCUCUACCACCCUUAGAAGAUGAAGAUGAAUAUAAAACAGCUGGUGUUGAUGAAGUCGACUUUGAAAUAAAAGACCUUGUCCGAUUACAAAAAGGCGAUGCCAAAAAUACUGGGCAAUACAAUAAUAUUAUAUCAUCAACGAAUAUCUUUCGCCAACAUCCCCCACCUCGUGUAUCAUCUUUACCAUCAUCACCAACUAUAAAUAUGUUAUUACAAACUAAUCCACAACAUGAUCAAAACAAGGUUGUUUCAGAUGAAGAGGACACACAACAAACUGUUACAGAAAGAAUAAAAAAUCAUGAGAUUCAAAACAAAAUAUCGUCAAGUUGGACAACAUCUUGA